CGUGACUUUGUUUACUACGGAAACGCGCGAGCUAAAGCAACCGCUAGCAAACAGCGAGCUCGUCGUGACGAACAAACUCAAACAACAGCGAAAGUCUUUGACUUGAAUGUGUGUUUUUUUUUUUAGUUUAUUCGAACAUGCAUGACACUGGGUAACAAUGUGGCUCAGCGACGCAGCGCCAACGUGUUAACUGUGCAAAAUGAGUGUUUAUGUGUAUGUUUAAUGUGCCUUUUACGCGUUCUACACAUCAAAAUAGUGUUGCUAUGAGGUCGCUAAAUUACGUGCAACGUGUUAGUUUGGACUUCACGGGAACGCUAUUUCCUCACGCUAUUUGUUUAGGAGAUGCUGACAACGACACACUGAACGAGCUGGUGGUGGGCGACACCAGCGGGAAGCUGCACGUCUACAAAAACGACGACUCCAAAGCGUGGCUCACGAGGAGCUGCGUGGGCAUGCUGACGUGCGUCGCAGUCGGUGACGUGUGCAACAAAGGGAAGAACUUUGUGGUGGCUGUGGGUGCCGAGGGCUGGUUUCACCUCUUCGACCUGACCGGCGCCCCCGCCGGCAAAUCGGAUUCGUCGAGCCUGCAUGACGCUCUCUCCCUGGACGAGCAGAAGCCCUUCUUCACGCAGCACAUCCCGGCCAACACCAAAGUCAUCCUCAUCAACGACAUCGACGGGGAUGGCCGCAGCGAGCUGGUGGUGGGCUACACCGAUCGAGUGGUGCGGGCUUUCCGAUGGGAGGAGCCCUCGGAUGGUUCUGAUGUGGUGUCCGGUCAGCUGGUCCUGCUGAAGAAAUGGCUCCUGGAGGGACAGGUGGAUAGCCUCUCCGUGAACCCGGGUCCCGAGGGUCUGCCGGAGCUGAUGGUGUCCCAGCCGGGCUGCGGCUACGCCAUCCUGCAGUGCUCCUGGACGCAGCAAGACUCCCCCCAUAGCGGCGGUGGCGACGCCGAGGACGCGUCUGCCACGCCUGGGAGCGAGGGGCCUUCCAGAGAUGUAGUUCUCCAUCUGACCACUGGGCGGAUCCACAACAAGAACGUGUCAACGCACCUCAUUGGAAGCAUCAGCAAAGGAUCAAAGGAGGAAUCUUCCAAAUGUGGCCUCUUCGCUCUCUGCACGCUGGAUGGAACCUUGAAGCUGAUGGACAGUUCUGAGCAGCUGCUGUGGUCGGUGCAGGUGGACCAUCAACUCUUCGCCCUGCAGAAGCUGGACGUCACGAGGGACGGCCGGGAGGAGGUGGUGGCGUGCGCCUGGGACGGCCAGACCUACAUCAUCGACCAUAACCGCGCCGUGGUGCGCUUCCAGUUUGACGAGAACGUCAACGCCUUCUGUGCGGGUCAGUACACGUGCAAGGAGGGCAAGAACAGCCCAUGUUUGGUGUACGUCAGCUUCAACCACAAGAUCUACAUCUACUGGAAGGUGCAGCUGGAGCGCAUGGAGUCCACCAACCUGCUGCGCGUGCUGGACCAGAGGUCGGAGUUCAGAGGUCAGCUGGAGACGCUGGGAAUGGGUGGUGCUGACCCUGCGGCCGUCCGAGCUCUGCUGGCUGACGUUCUCUACGAGGACGCCGUCGCUUCUUGAGCACGUGGCGCCAAUCAACACUGACGAGCUGCUGAAAGGAGCUCUUCAAUCACGCUGCCGGCCCUCCUCCUCCUCCAUUUGUUUUGGAUGUCAGUCAAAACACAUUUCAUAACAUCACACUCUCAAUGGCUGCUCACAUGUAAGCCAUCAAUAUUUGUCUUAUUUGAAUAUACUAAUAUUCUGACCCUGCUAUACCGUAUUUUUCGGAUUAUAAGUCGGUCCGGAGUAUAAGUCGCACCGGCCGAAAAUGCAUAAUAAAGAAGGGAAAAAACAUAUAUAAGUCGCACUGGAGUAUAAGUCGCAUUUUUGGGGACAUUUAUUUGAUAAAAUCCAACACCAGGAAUAGACAUUUGAAAGGAAAUUUAAAAUAAAUCAAGAAUAGUGAACAACAGGCUGAAUAAGUGUACGUUAUAUGAGGCAUAAAUAACCAACUGGUAUGUUAAUGUAACAUAUUAUGGUAAGAGUCAUUCAAAUAACUAGAUUAGAUUAGAUUUAGAUUUAUUGGUCCCCUUGGGGAAAUUCAUUGUCACUGCCGUACAUUUAAACACUAGACAUUACACAUCACACAGAAAAAAUAAAAAUAAAUAAAAUAACAAAAAGACAUCAUACAAGACUAACACACAUUUACAGGCUUGUCAGACAGGUCGGCCGGGCCUGCUGUUAAGGGCGGCUAUAGCUGCAGGGAUAAGGCUUUUCCUGAGGCGGGCCCUCCGGAAUUUGAUAGUUCUGUACCUGCACCCUGAUGGUAGUGGGAUGAUGUAUUGGUGUAGUGGGUGAGUGAUAUCCUGGAUUAUUGUUUUUGCCAGUCGGGUGAUGGAUCUGUGGUUUAAGUCUGAAAUGUUGGGUGUGGGUAGGCCGAUGAUUUUAGCUGCUAUGUUUGUAAUGCAUGUGAGUUUGGUCCGGUUGGUUACAGAAAGCAUGGUGAAAAAACAUGUGGAACAGUACAGAAGGAUGGGUUGAACAAUGCUUUGGUAAAGUAAUAACAGGAGAUGAGGUGCAACGUAUAGUCCUUUAAGUUUUCGGAUGGCUGACAGUCUUUGUUGACUUCUUUUUUUAAUGUCCGUGGUGUGCUGAUCAAAGGUGAGUUUAUUGUCCAAGGUUACGCCCAGGUAUUUAAAAGUGUCAACUGUUUUAGCUGUUUGUGUGUUUAUGAUGAUG